AUGGCCAAGACCAACAAGGUCUCCAGGUGGUUCUCGCAUUGGGCAUUCAUCAACUUAAUUUUAAAAGGUCUUUUGAUUCCUGUGUUUCCCUCGUUCAGGCUCGAUGUUAAGUUAACCAGUGAACUUGGUGCUCAAAUCUUGGAUUUUGUAUGUGAUGAUGGGCGUGUAGACUGCAACGACUUGCUAACUUCCAUUACAGAGAAAUUGCAGCCUCGCCGGACCAACCCGGUAGUGUGGUGUGGAGCAAUCCUCUGUAUGAUUUUCAGCAUCCUCCUCAUCUUCUUCGGAGUUGCAACUUUGGUGGUCGUCCUCGUCAUCAAACCGAAAAACCCAGUGUUCGAUACCCCUGCCGCCCGCCUCAAUCUCAUCUACUUUGACACGCCUGUGAAUUUCAACGGCGAUUUCACCUUCCUUGCAAACUUCUCCAACCCAAGCCGAAAACUUGAUGUCAGAUUUGAGUACGGAGAUGUGGAGCUCUACUUUUACGACAGUCUCAUCGCAAGUCAAGCAUUCCAGCCUUUUACACUGAGACGAGGUGAAGCAAGGUUGGCCUCAGUUCACAUGAUAUCAAGCUUGGUUUUUUUGCCCCCAAAUCUGGCACUUGAGCUUCAACAACAUGUACAGAGCAACAGGGUUAUCUAUAAUAUAAGAGGAACUUUCAGAGUGAGAGCUAACCUGGGUUUGAUUCAUUUUUCUUACUGGUUACGUGGGAGAUGCCAGUUGGAGAUGACUAGUCCGCCCAUAGGUGCUCUGCUCGCCCGAAGUUGCAGAACCAAGAGAUGAAAAUGCAGAGCAUGUAAAUCAGUUCCUCUGUUCUAGCCAUUUUCUCUUCCCUAUACUGUUUUGGUUUUGGCGUAAAUGGCAGUUUUUCAAGUACUAGGGUGUCCAGGGCUUUGUCUGACUGAUUUUCACGUACAUGUAGUCCCUGUUUUACAUAUAUUGAGUAAUUAUUGGGCAUAAGCCCCAAGUGGUCUCAAGAUAGAGUGUAGAAUGAAACCACAGCCAUUGAUACACCCUUGAGAAGUACUUGGGGACAGUUUUCAUGUAGCUGAUAUACCAAUAUAAUAUUAUAGCUACAACAAUUCUUUUUGGAUUGUACUUGAACAAGGAAUGUUCAUUUACAAUUGCAGAAUUAACAACUGGAGCCAAAAAACUUCACUUUUGUAUUAUAUCUUUAGUAUGUUUGUGGAUUCGAACUUGAAGGCAGCUAUUUUGUACAAAUUAUGUUUAAAGUUGGAUAUAUACUCAAUCUAUGCCUUCCCCAUUCAA